AUGGCUCGUGUAGGUAGAUGCAGAAGCUUAGUUUCGGCAGGGGUUUUGGUUUUCCUGUCUCUGUUUUGCUUGGCGGGGGGUGGAAAGCUGCUGGUGGUGCCAAUGGAUGGGAGUCACUGGCUCAGCAUGCGCUCUGUGCUGGUGGCCCUCAGCCAGAGAGAGCACCAGAUCGUCGUGGUCACACCAGAAGUAAACCUGAACGUGAAGGCGUCUGGAUAUUACACUCUCAAAACCUACCCCGUGCCUUUAACGAGGAAAGAAUUGGGAGCAAGCAUGCGCUCAUUUGCGAACGAUCUUUUUGAAAGAAGACCUUUUCUUCAAAGAAUUACUGGCCUUUAUGAAAAAGUUCGGGUCAUCGCCAGUACCUACGUCUCCUCCUGUACCAGUUUGCUGCACAAUCAGGAUCUGAUGCAAUAUCUUGAAGGGAGUAAAUUCGAUGCUGUUCUCACGGAUCCUAUUGUACCAUGUGGACAAAUCCUGGCUCUGCAUCUCUCUAUCCCAUCUGUUCUCUUCUUACGGGGGCUCCCCUGCGGUUUUGAUUUGCAGGCCACCCAGUGUCCAGACCCCCCUUCCUACAUCCCAAGGACAUUUUCAGGCAACUCAGACCGCAUGACGUUUAUCCAGCGUGUGGAAAACCUAAUUCUGAAAUCAUCAGAAUUCUUUCUUUGCAAUUUUGCCUACUUACCAUUUGAACUUCUAGCCUCAGAUGUUCUCCGCAGACCGGUAACGAUGAAGGAGCUCUUAAGCCAUGGCUCCAUUUGGCUUAAAAGAAUGGAUUUUGUUUUUGAGUAUCCCAUGCCGGUGAUGCCCAACGUAGUUUUCAUUGGAGGUAUAAACUGUGGAAAGAAAAAGCCGUUAUCUCAGAUAUUCUUCUAUAGCAUUAGCAGUACCUCGGCAUUUUUGCUUACACAGUUGUUUUCUUUGGACUAG